AUGUCAUAUAGGGCUGCUCAAGACGUGCAACAGCCGACGAGCCUGCCGAGUGCCGAGGUGCUACGAUCUGAGCUUGCCAGACUGACGAAGUUGUUGCGUACAGCUGGGAAUGCACACCAACUGGCGAAAAUCGUCACGACAAUAGAAUCAAAACAACAACAAUUGGACGAACAGCUUGCAAGGUACACAUCCAAACAAACCGUAUCUCAUGCUUCCAACGUCAGAUCAUUAGAGAGCACCAGGGUAGAGCUAUCCACAACAUUGAAAGCGUCAAGAUCUUUAUCGCAGAUAUUGACCAAAGCCAAUGACCUGAGCAACCAGAUCACCGAGAAGGUGAGACUACUUGAUAUGGAGAGGUCAAAGGUCCAUAUAACUGCAGACUAUGUGGACAAUGUGAGAAUCCUAAAGAACGAAGUACAAAAGGCUGCCGCUUCCAUCAAACAGCAGGACUGGUUAACGGCGUGCAAGUCGAUAUCUCAAAUUAGAAGUCUUCCUGAAGGUCUUAUUGAUGGGAGAUUUGUUUCCGUGGUGGUACCAACCAGUGAUAUUCCAGACUCACCGAGGAAGGUAGUUGGAGAAUGGAUAACACAGCUCAACGAUAUGUUCACCAAGGAGUUCAAUACGGCUGCGCAGAGCAAGGAUGUCCCAAAGUUGACCUAUUACUUCCAGUUAUUUCCUCUGAUAGGCAAAGAUAAUGUUGGAAUCGAGUGUUAUUCCAGAUUCGUGUGCAACAUAAUCAGUGAUCAGUCGCGGAUCAUCAUCAGGAAUGCACAGGGCCGUGAUGUUCAAACAGAUUACUACGCGCAAUUGCUGUUCCAGUUAUUCCAGACGAUAGCCGAUAUUGUUCAUCAGCAUAGCCGCAUCAUCAAAAAGUUUUAUGGAAGCAGUGUCAUCACCACCGUCCUGAAAGAGAUCCAGCACGAAUGUGAUCUACAGAGCGGAUUGAUCUUCGACACGUUCUGGGACUCCAAGAAGAUAUCCAAGACGCUCGAUGCAAUAACCAGGUACGAUUAUCCAAUUUUGGUGAGAAGCAUGCUCAACAAUGCUGAUGAUUAUGAUGAAGAACAGGACGAUGGGUUCUUGCCCUCGUUGUAUGAGGUAGGCAGUCUCAUUGAGGAGUUUUCCACCAUAAUGAACCAUUGGUCCAUGUAUUGCAAGUUCUUUAUUGUCACAUGGAACGAAGCUCUAGGAUCUUCAAACUCGGAUAGACCGAUAUUCCCCAAGCCUCUAUUGCAGAGUACGUUCAUGGAGAAGACCAGAGUAUCACUUUCAAGCACGUUUGACAGGCUUUGUACCUUUGCCGUGAGAAGGACUAUAGAAGGUGCAUAUCAGUUGGAACAGCUUCCAGAUCUUACUCCUCAACUGAUAGUGGCUGUGAAGUUCCUGACAUCAACCAUGAGAACCACAGCCACCUCUUCAUCAAACCUGGCCUCUUUGUCACCAGACGAACCACCGGUCAGUUCCAUGAUUGAUGAUAUCACCAUCUCACUCAACUCUAUCAUGCACCAGACUGUGAGUACUGGCCAGCAGUUGACUCUCAAGAACAUGGUCACCAACAUAAGGAGGAUCCUGGAAAACGAUCUCCUAAACAUUCUUGCCAAAAAACUGAGAGACUUCCAGCCCAGAGCGAACUCCCAACUGCUCACUCCAAGCAACCUGGCGAUGUUGCAACAACAGGCGAACAUGAGUAUACAUGGGGGUGGUGCUGCAAGCAUAUACUCCAAUUUUAACGGGUCAUCUACUACCCUGGGAUCUCCACGCAGUGGAACUCCUCCUGUCCAUUCGUUUGUGCCCAUUGGAGGAAACCCAGGCAAUAUCAACGCCAAUAUCGCAGCUCCUUCAAUUUCGGCAGCAAACGUUUCCGGUGCCAACAUGGCCCAUGCUGGAAGCAACAUGUUUGUGAGAGGAGCGGCCUCUGCGUUCAACGCCAUCAAUAUCAAUGCUGGUGCAGAUGAGAGUAACGCCACGAGACUGGCCAACUUCAUCUCGAUACUGAACUCGGUAUCGAUGUUUGGUCACCACCUUGAAAGACUGGUUAGCUUACUGGAUGAAAAACUUGAUCGAGACAACUUGCUGAUCAUGGACGAGAACGAGUUUGCACAGAUGUUGAAGGAAUUGGAAGAGGGCAAAACGGACAACUUUGUUGUCAGCUCAAGCGUAAACGAAGCUGGAAGCAGUGUUCAUGAAAAGGUGAAGGUUGUGAUUGGAACUCUGUCCUCGAACUUCCGAGAGAAGACCAAGUCGAUACUUAAUGGACAGGUGAACGUUCUGUUCCAGCAAGUUUUCCGCAACAGAAUCUCAAAGAUGAUCAAUGAUACCUUCAAAGAAGGAGAGUAUUUAAUCAGCAGUGAGGAUUUGGCAUACGGUUCUGUUGGAAUGAACGAGUCAGUUGCAAAGUUCUUGCAAGAGUGGAACUCUUUGGUUCUGCCCUACCUGGCUACGCUGACUAGGGACAACUUUACGAUUCUUAUAGACAUCGUGGUUAAGGAUAUUUCUGCCAAUAUUGAGUCCAAGAUCUGGGGAAUGGAAAAGAAGUGUAAUGAGCUGGGAUCUUCAAAACUAGAGAGAAACAUCAGUCUGAUCAUUGGUGAGAUCACCAAGUUAGACUACGGGCUCAGAAACAGGUUUGUCAGAGUGACCCAGAUCAUCAUGUUGAUGGGACUUGAUGAAGAGGAUGAGGUUGAGGUAUUUGACGAAAUGGACUGGGUAUUGACUCCCGUUGAAAGAAGUAGGGCCAGGAACCUACGCGUUGACAUCAAGUCUUGA